CACAGCUUUGCCCUUCUGGUGGUUUUUUUCUAGCAUCGAGAGAAAAGAAGAGAUCUAAUCCCGACGAGUACGGUACUAGAUACCAACUUAGUACUACACGAAGAUGUCUGACGUCAACGGAGGUGCUACCCCGGCUGGCACCAAGCGCGACCGCGAAGCGGCGGGACUGUCUGAGACCCCUCCGAAAGAUGAAGGGAACUUGCCGAACAUCCCCAACUUGGGCCUUGGAGAAGAGUCGAUGGCCGACGCCAACGGAAACGCCGCGGAGCCCGUGGACGCUGGGGCCCAGGUAUCUCUCGUCUGUUCUUAUUUCAAUUCAGCAGCCCACUUCUCUUCCAUCCUUUUUUGUGGUAAAUUUUGUGGUAAAUCGUGUGGUAGCGCGAGGCCCUUUUGGUGCUAAAUUUUGUGCUAAAUCGACCCGUCGUGAAAAUGUAGUGCGGUUUCGCCUAUGUUUUCAACGGCGCCACUUUUUUAGCAUCCAGAGGAAGUCGCAAAACCGCAUGACUUUACUCAUUUUUUAGCAUUUCAUUUAGCAUUUCGUUUAGCAUUUCAUUUAGCAGGAAAAAUUUAGCAUCGUAUUUAGCACUAGGUUUAGCAUUUCAAAUUAGCACUUCAUUUAGCACGACAGAACUAGCAUCGCAUUUAGCGCGAAAUUUAGCAAAAAAAAUUAGCAUUCCAUUUAGCAUUAGAAAUUUAGCAGUUCAAAAUUAGCAUACAUCUGAGCUCUAGCCUUUUUUUACAUUUUCGCUCCUGUCCCAGAAAAGUAGUAAACUGGAGCAAUUAUAUUUCCUUCCGAAAAUGUACUCGCUUCUAGUAGUUUCAUGCUCUUCUUCUUUCUCAAAUCUUCUCGCGAUCUUCUUCUUACUCAAGUCUUCCCUUCAAAUUUUAUCAAUCACUCUCAACAUCACCCACAGGCCGCCGGCGCGGAGCUGCUGGUGGAUGUUUCGAAGGUGAACAAGCAAGAAAAGGUGCGCAAUUCUGCCCGUAUGCGUGUUGAGAAGGAGUUGACCAACGCUGACCAAGAGGCUAAGGAGAAAGCCGUCUGGGAGGCGCUCAAGAAUAAAAACCGAAAUGGCAAGAACUGGCGCGUCAGCACGGAGCAGCUGAAGAAGCCGCUGAUCGCUGACAAGAACAAGCCUGGCGAGCUCUUGACGCCAUCCCAGUACCUGGAGAAGAACAUCGGAAAGAAGCGCCAGACCUUCAAGAACUUGACCUUCAAGGACAAGAUUUGGGAGACUGUCCUUGAAGCCAUCCAGCAGGACACUAAGAGCCAGGCCAUUAAGUACGGUGAGACUGUUCGGGAGUCUGUGGCCCUUGUGUUCGGAACGGAGAACGCAGAUUCGCAGGUGCAGGAGUUGGCGAAAUUCUUGUGGCUUCAUGCUGAAGCUUUGCGUGAGAUGGAGGAACAGGCUCAGAGGGAUUUGCGUGACGGUGAUUGGAUGGACGACGAUUCUCCGAAGAAGAAAGAUUCUAAGAAGACGACCACUACAACCUCUAGUAGCUCUUCUUCUUCUGCUUCUGCCGCUGGUGCUACUGGUUCUGGUAAUCCCUCCUCGUCGAGCACUGAUAAGCCGUCUGGUCCUGCUGGUCUUGUGCAAGGACUUGACUUCGGUGCAUCUGUUCUUGGUGGUGGAGACCCUCCGAGUGAUGACUCACAGUUUGGUGAUUUGUCGCCGACCACACAGGCUCUUCUGAAUCAGUGCAGCGCCGCUAUGAUUUCCGACACCGCUGACCAACUGGAAGCUGCUGCUGAUCUCACCAAAGCUGACCUUCGUGCACCUCUCACGACAAACGAAGUUGGUGACUGGGAUGCCAGUCGUGGACUAUUGGCGAUCAUCAAGAAGCGUGACACCGUGGGAAACACCGAGUUGCUCCGCGCUGUGUUCUCGGUGGCUCAUCUUGGAGGCCGUAUCUUUAUUUUAUCGUCGUUUUUGUAGAUGGGUCCUGAUGAGGGGUUUCUGCUUCAGUCGAUUUUUAAAGUUUUGCCUAUGUGCGAGGAAGAUCUCUCCCCCAUCAAAUUCAUUUCGGGUUAUCUCUCUGUCGUUUAUAUUUAUACUCAUCGCCAUUUCUUUAUCGCAGGUGUUUACCCGUUCGCCGAGGAGUAUGAGAAGCUUUCGGCUGCUUUGUGCAAGAUGCUCACUACGCGUGCCGCGCAGGGCUACACGAUGAUGGACUUCGUCUAUCGGUACUAAUUUUAGAACUUGUAGUUGAUGAAAGAUGACGGCUUGCAUUCAUUUCCAUAGUCAGGCUAUCGCGUAUUGCAGUCAUGUUGUAGAUCUGUCGUUUCAUAGAGAGAGAGACAGGCUCUGCCUUUAUUAACUUUUUCAUGUGCUUCUUUUCUAUCGUUUUCGAAACGUUUCAGCUUCACAGACGAGCUGAACCUUUGCGCGCCGCACACCAUUCGCUGCGCCAACUUCUUGGACAAGCACAUCCAGAGCAAGACUCUGCGCUUGGUCGGUGUUGAAUAUAUGGAGGUGCGUGAUAUGUUGGACCAAGUUGAAAUCGAGUGCAUUUUCCAGAAUUAUGCCGAUGUCAUCCGUGCCAAGGCCGCCGAGGUGGAUGCGCGCCAGAAGAUCGCCAAUGUAUUACUUUUUUGAGAGCAGCUGGAAUUUAUGUCUUCGCUAGUUGUUACCGUUGUUUCUGUGCAGUGCCUACUCGUGAUUCUCCUGCAUUCGUUGCGUCGUCAAUUCUAUAACUCUACCUCCUUUGCUUUUCUAGCAUGUUCUUUCGGUCAAAAUCUCUGCUCUUUUCUUGCUUCAUCAUUGCUAUCAACCCAUCGCACAACAGCUGCUGAAACCGAUCGGAAUCGCGGUGCGUGAGAAGAAGACGCUGACCGACGAACAGGUCAAGGAAAUCAACGCUGGCUUGGCGAAGGAGUUGGACGCUGCUCGCUCCAACGGUAACGCGGCGACUUUUUAUGCGACUCUGAUGCUGAGUGUUCGCGAUCAUGGUGUGCGUUUUCACUUCGAUUGCAUGGCGGAUACGUUUUUGAACAAGAAGAGCAUCGAGGGCGCCAACAUGAUGCCGAGCCUGUUGAUGCCAAUCGUGGCCUUUCAAAACGUUCGCUUCGCCCGUGAGGAUGGCAAGCGCAUCUUGUCCAACAUCCUCCCGGUCGAUGUCACCAAGUACUAGAAAAUUUAUCAUCUCUCUUUCUUUCGUGAUUCCGUGGCUAGGUGUCGUAGUUUUUGUUGUUUUUGAGAGCUCUUCACGAUUGUAACAGUGGCGAGAUUUUAGACCGUGCUAGGCUUUAGCAGUCUUCUUAUCUAACGGUGGGGUCUUUAUGGUUUUAUUUUCAUUUUCGUCUCUUGAUUAAUCUAGCAACAACUCCUCUCUUCCAGGUUUCGCUUACUCACUGAGAUGCGCCGCCUCGCCUCUCCCGAGUUGCAGUCGGAGAUCGUCUCGUUGGAGCAAGCUACGGACAAACUGAACGGUGAGCAACUGAGCACGUUGAAGGCUGCAGAUGAUGAGUUCCGCAUUCCCGCUGGAUGGGUUUUUGGUGGCAAGUGGGACGUCGCUGCCCGCAAGAUGCAGGACUUCUUCACUUCGACGGUGCGUCAACGUAUGCAGACCAUCCGCCUGGGCCAGAUGGAAGGCAAUGACGACGACAAAGUGUGUGUCGAUUUUGCGCACCGUGUUGCUGCCAAGUAUGGCAUGAAAGAUACUAACGCGGCUGCCAUCUUGAACAAGCUCGGCCAGUUGGUCGACUCGAUCGCCCAAGGUGGAGCGGCUGAAGCAGGUGCUAUUUUUAUAAAUUCUUAUUCUGUUUAAGGUACUUAUAUUUCUAGGCAUUCCCUAUAGGCUAUUGCAGGCAGUGUUCUGAUUUCGACUAUCGUGGUAUCUUCUCUACGGGACUAGUUUUUUGGUGUCUUCGAUUUCUCUCGCAGGUUUUGGGAUUAUUUUUUGAGUUCUAUCGUGUUUCGUUUUCGUGUGACCUCUCGUCUCUCACUCUAUAAUGCUUUUCGCUACCCUCACUUUCCAGUUGUUACUGCCGCCGAGACGUUGCAGAAAAAGCUGAAAUUUGGUGUGGUUUUUUUUAACGAGGCUAUGGACAUCAAGCAUCGCGAAAUUGUUGGCAAGUUUACCACGGCUAUGGCUGCAUCCGCGGAGAAGCUGGCGAUGCAAGCCGCCAAGAACCGCGGCCUUGUGAACGCAGUCAAGGGCACGAAGUAAACGCCCUCUGCGUCUUUUGGGAACUUUUUGAACCUACCAGUUUUGACCAUUUGGCGACACGUCUGGAGCAGUGUGGCCGGCUGGUGUCUGGAGAUGACUCCGAUGACACCGAAGCAUCCACGUCAACCGAGAACCCAUCUUUUCGCCUGCGGGCGACUUCUUGACGAUGCUCUACCCCGACUCGAUAAUCGCUCUUAUAUAAGUUUGUAAAAAUUUUCUUCAUUUUUGAUCGAUAUACUUAGUCAUCAUGUUAUUUAAUUGUCUUGGUAGAUUCCCUUGCGUCCCGUUGUCCUCAUCCCUCCACUGAUGAUGCGAAUGAGCAGAAACAUAGACGUUCGUCUUUGAAUCUUCUCCGGGCAGCAGGCUCGUAACAUCCUGCUAACAACUCAAACAGUGUGCUUCUUUUUGUAGAAAAAUAAUCACUACCCACAACUAACAAGGAAG